GGUUAGUAAGGACCGGGUGGAGGCCGCCGGCGUGCCCGCCGCGGCUGAGCGGUCCACGGCCACCGCCCCGCGACUGGCUUCCCCGACCCGGCGCUGGGCGCGACGGGAGAGGGUAUCCAUGACAGGAGUUGGGGUCGCUGCUACUCAAGGCGCCAACGAGUGCGGCCACGGACGCGCGAGCCUCCCUGCUUGAGGGUGGGAGCCCGAGGAGCCCUGGCGACAGUCCGCGGUGGUCUGGGGGCAGCAGAUCCGAAUGGGGUGCACACUCACCACGCCCUCUCCUUCCCGGGAAGCCGGUGUUUAAGCAGUGAGAACCCGUGGCGGUACAGAAACGCCCGUGUGUGAUUCCUCGCUCUCCUUCCCCGCACACAGAGGGAGCUCACGUGGUAUUCUGGCAUGGUAAAAUGAAAUGCAAAGAAGCAACAGUAAAACUGCAAAAAAAAUAGAAAGUUCACUGGUGAAGAAGACCUACUGGAGAGGAUGGAAAAUAAAGUGAAGCAGCGUUUUAUCAUACAUGUUUCAGCAGGUUGGCUUGAAGUUGAACUGAAAAUAUGACAGCUCUUUCUUCAGAGAACUGUUCUUUACAAUACCAGUUCCACCCAUCAAAUCAGCCUCUAGAUGUUAACUGCAUGUUAUUCUUGAUCAUACUUGGGAAAAUAUUUUUAAAUAUCCUCACACUAGGAAUGAGAAGAAAAAAAACCUAUCAAAGUUUUAUGGAAUAUUUUUGCAUUUCACUAGCAUUGGUCGAUCUUUUACUUUUGGUAAACAUUUCCAUUAUAUCCUGUUUCAGGGAUUUUGUACUUUUAGGCAUUAGGUUUACUAAAUACCAUAUCUGCCUAUUUACUCAAAUUAUUUCCUUUACUUACGGUUUUUUGCAUUAUCCAGUUUUCCUAAUAGCUUGUGUAGAUUAUUGCUUGAAUUUCUCAAAAACCACAAAGCUUUCAUCUAAGGGUCAAAAGUUAUUUUAUUUCUUUACAGUAAUUUUAAUUUGGAUUUCAGUCCUUGCUUAUGUUUUGGGAGAUCCAUCUAUCUACCAAAGUCUGAAGGCACAGAAUGGUUUUUACCAAUGUCCUUCCUAUGUCAGCAUUCAGAGUUACUGGCUCUCACUUUCUAUGAUGGUGAUUUUAUUUGUGGCUUUUAUAACCUCUUGGUCAGAAGUUAUUACCUUGAUACGGGCUAUGAGGAUAACUUCCUAUGUGAAUGAGACUAUCCUGUAUUUUCCUUUUUCAUCCCACUGUAGUUAUACUGUGAACUCUAAAAAAACACUCUUACCCAAGCUCAUUGUCUGUUUUCUUGGUACCUGGUUACCAUUUGUACUACUUCAGAUAGUCAUCCUUUUGCUGAAAGUACAGAUUCCAGCAUAUGUUGAGAUGAACAUUCCUUGGCUCUACUUUGGCAAUAGUUUUCUCAUUGCUGCAGUUUACUGGUUUAAUUGUGAUAAGCUUUAUUUAAGAGAUACUGUGUUACUUAUUGAUCCAUUUGUCAACUGGAAAUGCUGCUUCAUUCCACUUAUAAUUCAAAAUGUUGAGCAAACUGAAAAGCCUGUAUCAAUAAUAAUUUGUUAAAACAGUGCCAUGUUUAAACUAAUUAAAACUACAGCAAGAAUUAUAAUUGUACAAAUGGGAAAGAAUGGCAACUCAGGGCAUACCAAAAAAUGUCUCCCUAGCUUUUAUAACCAUGUGUCUUCUAGGACUUUAUUAUUUACUAAAUAGUCCUAAAACAAUGAUGCCAAGAAACUUUUCUGCCUGUUUAGGAAUACUGUAUUAAUAAUAUUUGUUGUUAAUACAAAAGUGAAAUAAUUGUGUUAACAUUUGGCCAUACUGAUGUUUGCUUUACCCAAAAAAACUACUGGAUGCAAAAUGUCAAGUAACUGAGAUUUCACUUCCACCUUUAAAAUAUGAACUUAAACAUUUUAUCAAAGAAAAUCAAGAGCAUUUUCUUGAAAUACUUGGUAUAAAUUUAGCUAGUUUUUGAAUGUGUGUGUGUGUGUGUGGCGAUACUGGGGUUUAAUUCAGGGCUUCACAUUUGUAGGCAGUUGCUCUAACUUGCGCCACACCUCCAGCCCUUUUUUUUUUGCUUUAGUUACUUUUCAGGUAGGGUAGACUGCCCAGGGGCAGACUCACACCACAAUUCUUCUACCUAUGGUCUCCCACAAAGCUGAGAUAACAAGCAUGUACCACCAGGUCCAGCUUGGUUGAGAUGGGGUCUUGUUAACUUUUUACUCAGGCUGGCCUUGAACAAGGUUCCUCCUUGGAGGAUCUUCACCUCCUGAGUUGCUGGGAUUACAGGAGUGACCCACCAUGCCUGGUUUCUCUGUUCUUAAUACAAAUAUUCCUGGCAGAAUAGUUUCAAUAGUUGCUCACCUUAUGGAAUUGAGAGUAAUGACCUAAUCUCUUUCCAUGGAAUACCAGCUUCAUUUUCAGUUAUCACUUAUGCAUCACAUAUUUGCAUGUCAAAUCAUCAUUACAUUAGCAACAUUAAUUAUCUCAAGGUAAAGUAAAAGCUUCAGCACUGCUGAGGGUUUGGAUUGGACUGUUGUUUGUUGUAGGAGGCUGCUCUGUGCACUGGAGGAUGUUUAUCAGAAUCCCUACCCUCUGCCCAUUGGAUGCCAGUAGCACCUCCUUCCCCAGCAGUGACAACCAGAAGCAUCUACACAGCCAACUGCCCCUGUGGGUGGCCACAGUUGCCUCCAGUUAAGAAACACUGACAUAAAGCAAUGUGAGUGGCAGAAUGAUCUGAAGUUGCUUUAUGAAUUAAGCUCCAUAGAUACUUUGUUCACCAUUUACAUUCAUUUUCAUUCAUGUUGCAUGAAUCCAAACAAAAUUUUCAAAACUGGUGGCUUUUACUUAUUUUUACAUCAUGACCUAUGUACUUAUUCAUUUAUGUAUGUACUUAAGUGUAUAUGUCAUACUACUUAGCCUUACAUGUUAUAUAGAUUACUUUAUUUAUAGUGUCAGUUUUUAAAGUACUAGUUGUGGCACUAACAGUAACAAUGACUUGAGAAGUGCUUUCUAUGUGCCUGGCUGUUUUAAGAAUUUUACAUGGAGCAACUGAUAUUUAAUCCUCUCACAACUCUCUGAUACUGUUAUCCCUGCCUUACAGAUGAGGAAAGUAAAACAUGAAGAUUAAGAAAUCCAUUUAAGAGCACAGAGCUAGUGAUUGGGGGAGGUGAGAUUCAAAUCCAGAAGUCUGGCUCCACCCAGAGUUCAUGCUCUUUACCACUAACUAUGCUGCACACACACUUAGUCCCACUCAUUGUUUCUCAAAAGAAUGCUUUCAGAGUCAAAUGGGAAGAAAGUUGAUUCCUAAUUGUUUUUCACUUGAAAAUGUACAAUGUCUGUGGCCACUUACUUGAGCACUAAUCACCAAAAAGGAUGAGCUAGAAAAUGCUGCUGGAUAAUUAGGAAUUCUUUGAGUUGCAAGUACAGGUGAAGCAUCCCUAAGUUGAGAUGCUCCAAAUUCCAAAAUACUCUGAAAUCUAAAACUUUAAAAGUUUCAGAUCUUUGGAUUAGGGUUGCUCAGUAAA